CCUCCCGCCCUCCGCCGAGUGGCGCCGGAGCCGCCGCCGCUUUACGUAAGGCGCAGGCCAGGGCCGCCGGCGCUCGGCUGCCGCUCGGAGCCCUCGCGGCGAGAGGAGGCGCCCCCGGCCGCCGCGCCGUCCGGCCGCUCGGCAGGUUCUGCCGGAGACUUACAUUUGGCCUCAACGUGAAAUGAAAGUAGAAAAUCGUAUCUACAUAUGUAUUGCUGUUAGGAUGUUGAUUCAUUGGUCAUGCCUGAGGAGGGAAAUUCUGUUCUAGAUGGCUGACUGCCAGCAAAAAUAAAUGCUUAUCCUAGAUGUCAAGCAUCUCUCCUUUUUACUGGAGUGAAAAUCCCCUCCAGAUACCAACAGAACAUCAACUGCAGAAAAUGCUCCGCAUUUUAAGGCUGUCAGCAACCUAACUUCAUGCGCCCUGUCUGUACAGUUGUUGUGGAUGGUUUACCAUCUGAAAGCUCCACAAGCUCACAUCCAGGUCCUGUAUCUGCUUCUGAAAUGUCUCUGCUCCAUGCUUUGGGUCCAGUGCAGACCUGGCUGGGACAAGAGCUAGAGAAAUGUGGCAUUGAUGCCAUGAUUUAUACUCGAUAUGUCCUCAGUCUUCUGCUGCAUGACAGCUAUGACUACGACCUGCAGGAACAGGAGAAUGACAUCUUCCUGGGCUGGGAAAAAGGAGCUUCUAAGAAAUGGGGAAAGAGUAAGAAAAAGUGCUCAGAUCUAACUGUAGAAGAAAUGAAAAAACAGGCUGCUGUCCAGUGUCUUCGAUCUGCCUCUGAUGAGAGCUCUGGCAUCGAGACGUUAGUGGAGGAGCUCUGCUCCAGACUGAAAGACCUUCAGAACAAGCAAGAAGAGAAGAUUCACAAAAAGUUAGAAGGGUCUCCCUCUCCAGAGGCAGAACUAUCCCCCACAGCAAAGGAUCAAGUGGAAAUGUACUAUGAAGCAUUUCCACCACUUUCUGAGAAGCCAGUUUGCCUGCAAGAGAUCAUGACUGUAUGGAACAAGUCUAAAGUCUGUUCUUACUCUAGCUCUUCUUCAUCAUCCACAGCCCCACCAGCUAGCACAGACACAUCCUCUCCCAAGGAGUGCAACAGUGAAGGGGAAGUCAUCAGGGAAAGGAGCAAUGACGUAUCCACCACUGCCCACGAGAAAACCCAGAGCAGAAGUCAAAAUGAGAAGGAGAACAAAUUUAGUCAUGGCACAAUGGAAGAAAAGCCUGCCGUGUACAAAAAGCAAAUCCGACAUAAACCCGAAGGAAAGAUUCGCCCUCGCUCGUGGUCUUCCGGCUCUAGUGAAGCAGGCUCAAGUUCAAGUGGUAAUCAGGGAGAAUUAAAAGCAUCCAUGAAGUGUGUGAAAAUAAGACACAAGACACGGGAAAUUCGGAACAAAAAGGGGCGGAAUGGUCAAAGCAGGCUUUCACUGAAACAUGGCGAAAAGGCUGAAAGAAACCUUCAUGCCGGAAGCAGUAGCAGUAGCAGCAGUGGUUCUGUCAGACAGCUGUGCAAACGGGGUAAAAGACCAGCAAAGGAGGCGGGGAGAAGAGACGUCGGGAGCGCCGAAGGAAGAGACCUCUACAUGGAGAGCAGAAACGACAAAGAAUAUAAAGAGGAACCGUUGUGGUAUACUGAACCAAUUGCUGAAUAUUUUGUUCCUUUGAGCAGAAAAAGUAAAUUAGAGACCACAUACCGAAACAGACAAGAUACAAGUGAUCUGACAUCAGAGGCAGUAGAAGAAUUGUCUGAAUCAGUGCACGGUCUUUGUAUCAGCAACAAUAAUAUUCAUAAAACAUACCUCGCAGCAGGUACUUUCAUUGAUGGUCAUUUUGUAGAAAUGCCUGCAGUUAUAAAUGAGGAUAUUGACCUCACUGGGACCUCAUUCUGUUCUCUUCCGGAGGGCAACAAAUACUUGGAUGAUAUUCAUCUAUCAGAAUUAACACACUUCUAUGAAGUGGAUAUUGAUCAAUCCAUGUUGGAUCCUGGUGCCUCAGAAACAAUGCAAGGAGAAAGUCGGAUUUUGAAUAUGAUUCGACAAAAAAGCAAAGAGAAAACAGAUUUUGAGGCAGAAUGUUGCAUAGUGUUAGAUGGAAUGGAGUUGCAAGGGGAACGUGCAAUAUGGACAGAUUCUACCAGCUCUGUAGGUGCUGAGGGCUUAUUCCUGCAAGACCUUAGCAAUCUGGCUCAGUUCUGGGAGUGCUGUUCAUCUAGCUCUGGCGAUGCCGAUGGAGAGAGUUUUGGAGGAGAUUCUCCAAUUAGACUCUCACCAAUCUUAGACAGCACAGCACUCAAUCCGCAUUUGCUUGCUGGCAAUCAAGAGCUCUUUUCAGAUAUUAAUGAAGGAUCUGGUAUAAACUCUUGUUUUUCAGUGUUUGAAGUGCAAUGCAGUAAUUCUGUUUUACCAUUUUCUUUUGAAACACUCAACUUGGGAAAUGAAAAUACAGAUUCUAGUGCUAAUAUGCUUGGGAAAACACAGUCUAGAUUGCUAAUAUGGACCAAAAAUAGUGCCUUUGAAGAAAAUGAACACUGUUCUAAUCUUUCAACAAGAACUUGUAGUCCAUGGUCCCAUUCAGAAGAAACACGUUCAGACAAUGAGACAUUAAAUAUUCAGUUUGAAGAAUCAACGCAGUUUAAUGCAGAAGAUAUUAAUUAUGUAGUUCCUAGAGUCUCGUCAAAUUAUGUAGAUGAAGACCUUCUAGAUUUUUUGCAAGAUGAAACUUGCCAGCAAAACAGUAGAACUUUAGGAGAAAUUCCUACGUUAGUUUUCAAAAAAAAAUCUAAACUAGAAUCUGUCUGUGGUAUUCAGCUAGAACAAAAAACAGAAAACAAAACAUUUGAAACUACACAAGUAUGUAGUGAAAGCAGUCCACAUGGAGAUGGCUACAGCUCAGGGGUUAUUAAAGACAUUUGGACAAAGAUGGCAGAUAGCAAUUCUGUAGCUAUGGUAGAAAUAGAAAGAAUUGAUGAUGAGUUGUUUUCAACAGAUGUAAAUAACUACUGCUGCUGUUUGGAUGCUGAAGCUAAAAUGGAGACCCUCCAGGAACCUAAUAAGGCUGUGCAGAGAUCAGAAUAUCAUCUGUGGGAGGGACAGAAAGAGAACAUGGAGAAAAGAGCUUUUGUUUCUAGUGAGCUAUCGAAGGUGGACGGCGGUGAUUACACUACACCCUCUAAACCUUGGGACGUAGCCCAAGACAAGGAGAAUGCGUUCAUCCUCGGAGGGGUUUACGGAGAACUCAAAACCUUUAAUAGCGAUGGGGAGUGGGCAGUUGUACCCCCCAGUCACACAAAAGGAAGCUUGUUACAGUGUGCGGCUUCUGACGUUGUGACGAUAGCUGGUACAGAUGUCUUUAUGACCCCAGGAAACAGUUUUGCUCCUGGUCACAGGCAGUUAUGGAAACCCUUUGUGUCAUUUGAACAGAACGAUCAACCGAAGAGUGGGGAAAAUGGAUUAAAUAAGGGAUUUUCUUUUAUCUUCCAUGAAGACUUACUAGGAGCUUGUGGUAACUUUCAAGUUGAAGAUCCUGGACUUGAAUAUUCCUUCUCUUCUUUUGACUUAAGCAAUCCAUUUUCACAAGUUCUUCACGUAGAAUGUUCAUUUGAACCCGAAGGGAUUGCAUCUUUCAGCCCUAGUUUUAAACCGAAGUCAAUCCUCUGCUCUGAUUCAGACAGUGAAGUUUUUCACCCCAGGAUAUGUGGCGUAGACAGAACACAAUACAGGGCUAUUCGGAUCUCUCCUAGGACUCACUUUCGCCCAAUUUCUGCAUCUGAACUGUCACCAGGAGGAGGGAGCGAGUCGGAAUUUGAAUCUGAGAAAGAUGAAGCAAAUAUUCCCAUUCCUUCUCAAGUUGACGCAUUUGAAGAUCCACAGGCAGACCUCAAACCACUGGAAGAAGAUGCAGAGAAAGAAGGCCAUUACUAUGGGAAAUCAGAGCUUGAGUCUGGAAGAUUCCUUCCCAGGUUAAAAAAAUCUGGGAUGGAAAAGAGUGCUCAGACAUCACUGGAUUCCCAGGAGGAAUCAGCUGGAAUUCUGUCAGUCGGAAAGCAGAAUCAGUGUUUGGAAUGUAGCAUGAAUGAAUCUCUGGAAAUCAAUUUAGAAAGCUCAGAAGCAAACUGUAAAAUAAUGGCACAAUGCGAGGAAGAAAUUAAUAAUUUUUGCAGUUGCAAAGCAGGUUGUCAGUUCCCUGCUUAUGAAGAUAAUCCAGUUUCUUCGGGACAUCUGGAAGAGAUUGGGAAGAAAGAAAAAGAGGAAAGAAGCGAGAUUCUACAUCAUAGCACUACCAUAUUCCUUCGCUUUCUAGUAUGUUGAUGUACUUGUGUGUAAUCAGAAUUCUGGGUUGUCUUGAAAGGCCUUAGCUGCCAGUGCAGUCCUCAGAGGAUAGUGGGGGUUGUCUGAUGGUCUAGGUGUUGUCAGUACUCUCAGCCCUGCUUUCUCAGCAGUGUCACUACAGUUUAGAGCCGAGUCAGAGCUCGUUUCAUAGAUCCAUCUGAGGUGUGGAGGGGUUGAGAGAGUGUCCUGAAGGGACAGUUUGGGGCCGCUGUUCCUUUCCACUCUUUCACACUGCCUGGUCAGUCUCUGGGAGCUCCUACAAGGGUCUUCUUCCCCCUUUUGCCGACUGAGGGCAGUCUUUACAGAGAGCAGUCUAGGAGCCCUGUUUUAAAGGUCACUCGUUGCCUGCCUGUUUCAGAGCAAGUGGACUAAAAUGUAGGCUUUCUGAUAGAAUUGAGGCCCGGGAGCAUGGAUUACUAUUCUUUUCAAAAGCUUAGUUCAGUUCAAUUCUGCAGAUAUUUAUUGAAUCCCUGUGACAUGCCCAUCGCUAAGAUCAGUGCCUGAAUGAACAAGGCAUCGUCCCUGCCCUCGAGGAAUUCAGUCCAGGCACGAAGACCCGUUGAUAACAGAUAAUUUAUUUUAAUUGAAAUAGAUAAUUCAUUUGUAUGGUUCAAAUUCAGAAGUUACAGAGGGUGUAUACACAGUGCAAAGGUCCCUCCCUAGCAGCAGCCACAAGCAUGAGUUGUGGUGUAUCCUCCGAGAAUAUUUUAUGCAUGUAUAAGCAAAUACAUAUUUACAUAUGUUUCCUCCUAUUUUUCUCUUUUUACUGAAAUGACACUUUAUUACAAUAACCCUUCCUUUUUUAUUUUCUGCAUACUAUUCCACUUUUUGGAUGUACCAUGAUUUACCUAGCCAGUUCCUUAUCUUUUAGGGCAUUUGGACAAACGUAAUUUUAGGUAACUUGGUGGGUGGUGAGGUGGAGAUGAACACAGGAUGCUGUGGGAACCCAGAGGAGAACCCCUCCCGGCCUGUGAGAGUAGAGGCCGGCUCUGUGAACAUACCUGAGUGCGCGGGGGCAGAAAGGAGGAGGCAGGACCCUAGGCAGAAGGAGCAGUGCAAGCAAGGGGGCCCCUGGCUUCAGACCACACGCGUGUGCAGGGCAGCUGCCAGCAGUAGUUCAUGGUUCUCAGGGAUAAAAUGGAAAGCCAGGGAUGGCAGCGUGUGCCUCAGGUAUCCAUUUGUGCAUAAAUUUGUGGCAAAAGUGUUCUCUUUGUCAUUUACUUGAUUACCGACUUAGUGCCACGUGCUUUGAAGCAGGAAAAGAAGCAGAAGGCUGAGUCUCUGUCUUCAGGAAUUUACAGUCCAGUCCAGGAGGGGAGGCCAUUUUGCCCAGCAGACAAUGUGCUGUGGAAGUCAGAAGGCCUUUGAUGAGUAGAGGGAGUGGGGGCCAUCCAGGGGGUGUGGUACGCAACCCACCUGUGCCAGGCACUGUGCCCACUCUGCCUUAUCACCGUUAUCCCACUGAAUGCCCAUGGUGACCUUCUGCCUCAGGUUUAUUUCCCCCCAUGACUGCUAAGGACCUGUAGGCCCAAAGGAGUGGAAUACCUGCCCCGGGUGCCAGUGCAAGGGGCAGAGCCCCACUUCUUCCCAGUGCUUCCUGUCUGUAAAAUGAAACUUGGAACAGGCCGUGCCCUGUCUCCUGUUGGUCUCUGUUGCUCUCCUUAUCUCUUCAUUUACAUUUCCUCUCUUCUUUUCCUUUUGUGACCUGAAUAACUGAGAACUGUGGCAGAGGAGUACUAUGCAGGCUCUACUCCCAGAGCAAAACUCAGAAGAGGAACAACAAACACCUCUCUCUCUGUCAGCACUAAGAAUGUUUAGUGAGAAUUUAAAGCUGUGAGCCUUUACCUAACUUCCAUCUUCUAAAGAAUUACUGAAUAUUACAUCUGUUGCUAAAAACAUUUCUGGUCAGGCUUUCUGGAUUCAGUUUAUGUCUUCUCUUUUUUUCUCACUGUUUCAUUCAUUCAUCAAAUACUGAUUAAGAGCCUCUUCUAUCCAGGUGCUGUUCUAGGUGCCUGGCGAUAAGGAACAAAGAUGCCUGCGUUGUGGAGUUCCGUUCAAUGAACAUACAAAGGUGUAUGGUGUGUUAGGGUACCAGUGCUGUGGGAGAGGAGGAGAAGAGCUGGAUAAAGGGGUGUGGUGGAAUGGGAGUGUCAGGGCAGGCUUCCUUGCCAAGGUGGAAUUUGAAGAAAGCUUGCAGGGGAGAAGGUGAGCCAGGAAGCUGUCUGGGGACAGACGGACAGGGAGGGUGGCACUAAGGCAGAGCUGUGCUUGGUUCCUCCAGGGCGAUGGUCUGUGCUGUUUCUGUUUCUUCCAUUCUUUCUUGUUUUCAUUCUCAACCUAACCAGAAGUUAAAUUAAUACAGUACAUAUACAUUAUUUAAGCAAAGCAUAGUUGUCUUUGCUGUGCAACCUAAAAAUUAGAAAUAGUUAAGUGGAAAGAUGUCAUAAAAUAAUACAUAUUUACUGAAUAUGUGUAUAGUGUAGCAUAAAACAGGACAAAUAAGUCCCUGCCAUCAGGAUUGACACGCAAACGAAGGACAUAGAAAAACAUCCUGGAACUAUUGCAGAAGCUGGCCUGAGCUUAACAGUGGUGUCAGCAGGAGAGGGCGGGAACGGCAUGCUAGAUCGACGGGGGCUUUAGGCCAGGCGGAACCGUUUCUUCAGCUCAGCGGACAUUGAGUAUCUACUUCUACUCUGUGCCAGGCCUUAUGCCUGGAGAUGCGCAUAGAUAGAUGUGGUCCCUGCCCUUAAGAAGCUGAGCAUCUGGUUCCGCUUCCUUCAUGCUGACCCAGCCCCUCGGUGGUGCCUUGACCCCCUCCAGCCUGCUUUCCCGCCCGUGUCCGGUCCUCCAUGAUGACGUCUCUCUCCCUUCCCCUUGCCUCCAUUCCCACAGUCUCAAGAAAGGUUGAAAUGAUAAGCAGAAGAACUGCACUCACAGAAAUAAAACACUGAUCCUUCCGCAGCCUGCCCAGGACACUUUCUUCCUCAGGCGGAACUUGUUGCCUCCGAAUCCGCCUCUCAGUAGUGCCUUGGGGAUGGUGGAGAGAGUCCUGCCCGGGGAACCUUCCUGGCUCCUCCUGAGCAUAGUCAUCUCACAGCAUAGAUGCACCUUGGGAAGAAGAUAAGGCCUUUCUGGAGGGGUCUUAGGGCGCUGUGCGUGUGUGCCAGGUGCAGUUAGUCACUUUGAAUUAACUGCAGAUCUUGCAUAUUGCUGGCCUCAUUUGCAUUAAGCUUAGCUUUGUCAGUUCUGUUGGCCUUGGUAUCUGUUUGUCUAAUAGUACUAAUUUUUAUUGUUAGAAUAAGCUGCAGGAGAACACAGUGACGGUUAACUGACCACCCCGAUUAGACAGUGUAAUUCUCCUUCAGUUUCUAAGUUAGGAGUAUGUCUGAAAAGUUAAGUGAAAAUGAAAGUUUUUUGAAGUGUGUUUUCCAUUUAGUUAAAUAAUAAACAACACAUUACUAAAUCAAAAAGUUUUAGACCUACACAAUAGUUUACAUUUAAGAGAGUAACAAAAUCCUAUUAGAGAAUUGAUGAUCAUUAGUUGCUAAAACAGUUCAGACUUUAAGCUUUAACACGUAAUGAAAUGUCUUUUAAAACAGUAAAGAUGUGUGCAGUGUUUUCAAGCCUCUCCAUUGAGGAGAUGUCUGUUGAGAGUGUUAGGAGCCGUGGCGGGGCAAAGAUGCCAAGAUCAGGCCUGACCCUGGGAGGCCUGUUGUCAGGCACAGUGAAGGAGGAACAUGGAAGAGGGUUGCCCUGACCGCUGGCACGCCAGGAUGCACGUAGUGACCGCAGCUGGCCACGUCACAGCAACACGCCUUGAUCACUAAUGACAGCUGCUGUCUGUCGACCACUAGCCACGCUGCGUUCAAUCCUCACUGCCCAGGUGGGCGGGCAGGGUCCAGCCAGGCCUUGAGAGUUCUGCUAGUAAGGGAUGGAGCCAGGAUUCAGACUUGGAGCCCCCUUCUGGGCCUGAGCACCUUCUGCUCUGCCAGGACCAUGGAGGUGCAAAGAGUAUGGAUCUCUCCUGCUCUCAGGAGUCCUUCCCUCAUUUUAACGAGUAUGUCGUGUUUUGAAUUUGAAUUAUUCUCAGGUUUAUUAUUUGGUUUUAGUCUCAGUUUCUUUCUGGUUCUCGCCGAAGCAGAUAAUUCAGUUAUAAAGACGUUUAGUUAGUAACUCUAGCUCUAAAAUCUCCUUUUGCCCAUUUCUUCUUCUUUGACUCCCUGCUGCCUGAGUGUGUGAAGGAGAAGGCCUCCCUGUUUUCUCUAGAGUGCCUUACACCAGUGGGCACUUGGGGCCGUCCCUUUAACCUCUCUGCACUUCCAAAAGCUAGAAAUUUGCCUUACUUUGGGGUAUUUUCUGUUAGAUAUUUCUGCCUUGUAAGAAUUUUGUUUUAUUUUUUUUUUUAAAGACUUUCAUUCCACUUCCAAUAUAAGUGCUUCUUAAGAAAAACUUCCUUUAUAUGCUAUGACCCCUUUGGCUUUUUUAAUCACCCGUCUAGAAUAGUAAAAAACUCAUCAGUUUAAAAAUCCUGGGGUUAUAGUCCAUAGCUAAUGCUUGGAUUUUUUCCUUUAUUCUGAAAGUCUUUAAACUUUUUCUGUAUUUGGUUUUAU